CCCAUAUUAUAACUAUGGCGGGUCAUGGCUUUUAAAGGCCUCCAUUCCUAUUUCUUACCUCUCUGAGUUAUUUCAUUGAAGUGCACUCAACGUUCUUCAUUGAAGCGUUCUCCGUUGAAUCUAAUUCUUGGAUCCCCCAUUGAAGCAGCUUCUAAGGGAUUUUUUUAUUUUUUUAUUUUUAAAUUGCUCAACAUGAAAAUCAUCAGGUUCUCUCAAAACCUGAAGUUUACAAAUAAGAGUUUUGAGCCAACUUUUUCGAUUUUCAUUAGAGAUUUUUCUCUUUGGUCAAUGAAGAAAGACCCAGAUCUUGAAUCAGCUCUAACAAAUAACCGUCGUUGGAUUGUGAAUAACCAAAUUAAGAACAUAAUCCUGAGAUACCCUAAUCAGGUAGUACCUGUUAAUUUCAUCCAGAAGAAGUACAAGACCCUUGAUCUUCAAGGCAAAGCUCUCAAUUGGCUAAACAAGUAUCCAUGUUGCUUUGAGGUCUUUCGAGAAAACGACGAGCUCUAUUGUCAACUAAUCAAAAGAAUGAUGUGCCUAGUAGAGGAGGAAGAGGCCAUCAAAGAAGAGCAGGAGCCUGUAUUUGCUGAGCGGUUGGCGAAAAUAUUGAUGAUGAGCUCAAACCAAAGGCUUAAUGUGGUAAAGCUGGAUGAAUUGAAGCGGAAUUUCGGUUUUCCUGAUGAUUAUCUGAUUAGAAUAGUUCCAAAAUAUUCAGAAAUGUUUCGGCUUAUUAAUUAUAGUGGGAGGAAAAGUUCUAUGGAGGUCGAGCUUGUGUCAUGGAACCCUGAGCUGCCGAUUUCGUGCAUUGAAAUGUCAGCUAGCAAGCAGAAUUUAGAGCCUCGCUUUUCGUGUUCAUUGCCUUCGACAUGGAUUAAAUCAUGGGAGAGGUUUAAUGAGUUCAAUUCAACGCCAUAUAUAUCACCUUACACUAAUCCCAGCAGCUUGGUUGAAGGAUCAAAGGAGCAUGAGAAAAGGACAGUGGCCUUGGUACAUGAAUUACUAUCACUAACUCUUUGGAAGAAAUUGUCUGUCAUAAAGCUAGGCCAUUUCAAGAGAGAGUUUGCUUUGCCAGAGAAGUUAAAUGUUUUGCUGUUAAAACAUCCUGGCAUAUUCUAUGUAACAAACAAGUAUAAGACCUACACGGUUCUCCUCCGAGAGGGAUAUAAUGCCUCAAAGCUGAUUGACAAGGAUCCACUAGUUGUGGUGAAGGAUAAAUUUGGGGAAUUAAUGCAAGAGAGGCUGCAUGAGUACAAUCAGCGAGGGCGUUUAUUGAAUCUAGAGAAGAGGAAGAAGAAAGGUAUAAUGAUGCCUAAAGUAGAGAAAAGGAAGGAAAAGAAUGUGGAGAUAUCUGAAGAAGAAGAUCCAGCAGGUCAGGCUGGACGUCUAUUUGAUCCUGAGGAAAGGAAAAGGUUUUACAAGAUACUAUUUGAGGACGAUUCCUGAGAAAUUGAGAAUAUGUGGUGUUCAUCAAUUGGGCACUAAUUAAAUGGACAAGGAAUCUAGCUGCUGUUUUCUUAUAUCAGGAAUAGUAACAUGGAAUGAGCUUAGAAGUUCUCAACCAAUCUAGCAAAACAAAGCAAUAGGAUUCCAAGAUUUGAAGCUUAUGCAAAAAUAUGACCCUCGAAUUCGACAUAGCAUCCAAUACUGUAAAACUUCUAGGUUAUUCUGGUUGUAAGAUAAAAACUCAAGUGCCAUAUUUGAGUAAUUCACCUUUUGUUGAGAUUUCAGGUGUUGAAUUCUUCAUAAAAGCUGGAAUGCUGUAAAUACAAGGGAAAUCACAGGGUUUUUUUUCUCCUUUUUUCCCUUUUGAUCUUGUUUUGGUCUUCCUUUCUGUUUAUUCUAUUGUAGGGUUCUUUGUGACAGCAAUGGCUGAAAGAUAUACUUCUAUGUGGAAGAUUUCCAUUUUCUUUUUAAAUCGACGGGUAGUUUCUUAUCUGAACUCUUCUAUCUUGUGCUCUUAUUACUUUUAUUAUUAAGCCUGUUGUUUUCUUUUGAUUUUGGUCUUUUUGGAUCUCAUUAUUAUCCUUCGACUGAGUGUAAAGUGAACAAGACCACUAUAUAAUUUCAGUGGAUUACAAUACUAGAUUGCCAUAAAGAAUUCCUGUAGUGGAUGAAAACUUUGUACCUAUGAUAUAUUUUGCUAAUUUUGGUGCACUCUUUUUCAAAAAUGUUGUAGUCUACUGUCUACUUUCAUAAAAUGUUCAGAAUAAAGAACUUUCAAUAGUUAUGAGAUAUAAUCAUUCUAAGCCUUUUUCUGAUUGUGAUGUCACUAAUUUUCUGUAUGUCACUAAUUUUCUGUUCACAUAUAUUUUGAUGCUGCAUCCGUAGGGGGUCUAUCAUGACAAAGAAUCCAACCGAAGCAAAGGAUUUGAUUGAGAAGAUGGGUGCAAAUGACAAUUACCACCCAGGAGGACGACGCAACGCUUAAAAGGGGGGUACUCAUGAUGUUGAUGCUCUAACCUAGCCUGUUCAAGCACGGACUCACAAGGUUGAGAAACUCCAAACUGGAUCAUCCAUGGCCUCUACGGAGACCUUUGUUGCUGAGACGUGUCAAUUUUGUGGCAUACAAGGCCACAUUGCAAUUGAGUGUCAAUAAAACAUGAAUGAGAUGAUGAUCAAGCUAGCUAAUGCAUUCUAUAUUACGGGACCCAAAAGGCCGUAUGAUCCUUACUCAAACACAUAAAAUGAAGGAUGGAGAAAUCAUCCAAAUUUCUCUUAUAAGAACACUCAAGCACAACAGAAUCCACCUCCACCACCCCCUCGCAACAACAACUAUAAUGCACCACUUGAUUUCAAGCAAGGCCACCUCCAGCCAACAACCUAUACAACCACCCCCACAAAAAUCCAACCUUGAGUUAAAGAUGGAGGAUUUCAUUACCAAUACAAACUAUACCAUCCAACAACUACAAGCUCAAAGCCAACAAUUACAAGCUCAAAAUAAGCUCAUGGAAAUCAAUUAAGUCAACUUGCUUAUCAAGUUGGCCAAUCUUUAAAGACUCUAGGUACCUUUCUGGUCAAAGCAACCACCGAAGGGGCAUAUGAUGACGUGACUUUGCGGAGCGGAAAGCUGAUGGAGGAUCCUCCCGUAAGGGAACCAUAAUGAGGUUAUUGAAGAAAUCAAGAAAUAGUCACAAAUGAGAAAGCGGCCGAUAGUUGUGUGAUCGAGGAAAAGCCAAAGGAAUCAAAUGCACCAUUACUUGCUCCAUAUGUGCCACAAGUUCCCUUUCCACAUAGAUUGGCUCAAGCCAAGUUAGAGAAGAAGUUCGGGAAAUUCCUUGAUAUAUUGAAGAAGCUUCACAUAAAUAUCCCGUUCCUUGAUGGUAUAUCUGAGAUGCCUUCUUAUGCUAAGCUUUUGAAGAAUAUGCUCUCUAAAUAAAAAGUUUGACACUGUUGGAAGAGACAUGAACGUGUCCUGGAAAAGCAUGUUCGUGCCAUGUCGAAAUUGAGAACACCACAAGCCACAAGCCACUGCCAAAAAAAAAUUCGUCAAGGCAUGUCCGUGUCCGAGCAGGUAGGCACGUCCAUGCCCCCAGUCGCCAAGCAUCAGUACGCAGCAUUAGGCACGUCCUUGCCUUAGGUUAGCACGUCCGUGCCUCGUCAGUUUUGAGCGUGCUCUUUUCUUAUGUCUGUGUUUUUCCUUCAAUACCCCCACACUUUCACGAAUUUCUUUCGCUUCUAUACCCCCUCGACUUCACACUCUCCUCUCUAUACUAUCACACCCUCAACACCCUAAAUUUCAUCACAAUCUCUUUUGAUCUCCAUUAUUUUCUGUCUCUACACCUUCUACACCAAUUUCCUACGAAAUUUUCACCAUAAUUCACUCAAUUUCUCACAAUCUCACCAAAAAUUCGAAAAUCCUAACUUUCAAACGAAUUUGGGGGUUUUCUCAUAUACUUAAUUGGAAGCAAUUUGUGGCUUGUGGAGCAUUCUAAGGUUUUAAAGACUACAAGAACGGGUCAUUUGCGGGUAUUUGAGACCUAUCACAACUUGGGUAUACUCUUUCCGCUCUCUUUCUCUCUCUAAAAAUUUCAUGGCUUACUUUGUGAAAUUUCUUGAUGAAAUUUAUUAGUUUGUGAUUCUUUUGGGAAUUUUUUAGUUAUGUUGACCUUGUUUAUGUGGAUUGUGAUUAAUUUUGUGAAGUUUCAAAUGUUCUUAGUAGUCAUGGAGUAGCUACUUGAAAGAGUUUUGACUUUGAUUUGGUUUUGUUUUUUUCUUAGUCUUAAUUGUUUUGAUUGUGAUGGAAUUUUUGAAUCCUUAGAAAUUGGAAGCAAUUUUUAUGAGUUAAGAUUGAGUGCAUGGUUUGUUGGUGGUUGUAAUAGUCAUAAGUAUUCUAGUUGAUUGUGGUAUUGUGGAAAUCUUGGGAUAAUUCUUGUUAUCAAUUAGGGUUGUGUAGCUUUGUUGUACUUGAUUGGUUAUUGUUUCUUUGAUUACUUCGUGGUGUCUUUGAUUGCUUAAUUGUGAGUCAUGGCUUCCUUUUCAAGCCCUAGAAGAAACCAACCAAGAAACACUUCCACCUCCAAACCUUAGAAAUCGCCCACCACCACGACAACCCGUUCAACAACCCAUUCCACGACCUAUACAACCCCCUCCUAUUGACACUUAUGGAAUUGAUUUUAGGAACAAUGAGCAAUAUAUGGCAAAAUUCCUUUAGAUUCAACAUAGGU